AUGGCCAAGUUUUCACUCUCUCGUCUCUCCCGGAACAUUUCCGAAGAUAAUCGACCAUCCAAAUUCCUAGGAUUACGCAUCCCCAAGAAAAUCGUCAUCAAGAUAUCAAGAAAGAAGUCUCCAACAACUACUCCCAAUGCAUCGAGAAUAUUCUCCCCCCAGACAGAAAUUGCUCCGAGCAUUGUUGACGUAGAGGAACAGUUGCAGGAACAACCAGCCCAGUUAGCCAACACUCCAGCUACUAUCAUCCAACAACAUGAAUCUAUCAAGGAUAAAUCCAUCGUGGAUAGGCCUAUUAAGCCGUUCGGAGUGAAUGGAUUCAGAGAAAGCACAGUACUUCUCGUCCAAUCAUCCCAGGAGGAAACCGUCUCGAUAGCUCAGAGUAGCAUCCACACUCAAGAAAGACAAGAAAUAUCGCAGGCCCGAUCGAAUGCAAGUAUCCCUGUCACUGUCACUUCAGACUGUGCAAGUGAGGACGAAUGCACAAAGUCACCAACAGAGAAGGAUUCUGAGAAGAUGAUGCCCAUGUUGAUUCUACAACCAAGAGAAGAACGCAUACCCACAAUUCUGGAAAGUGUACGCACCCAGGAACUAUCGCCGGCUCGAUUCAGUUCAGGUGUAAGCAUCCAACCACUGACAAGCAUCCUCCAACCACUGGUUCAGUCACCACAACUGGACGACGAGUCACCCAAAACGAACACGAUACCUGCAUUAUCAUCUCGAAAGAGUACACCUGCUGAAGAAGGAGUGGAGGCUCGAUCGAUUAUUGGUACUCCAGACACUGAGAUUCUACGCUAUACUAGCCUGGAUGAACUAAUAGGAUCAUCAUCAGCAAAGAAAGAUCCCAAGGACAAGACCAAUGCACUGGUUCGUAUUCCACGAGUAGAACAUGUAUUACGAUCUCAGACCAGAAUACCCACUAAGAGACGACCUCGGAAUUGGCCAAAAGCAGCCAAUCGCCCAUAUUGCAACGAUCGAUCCGACAUAGCUGCGUUAUUCGAUCCGAAUCAGGGUAUCGAACUCCUCAACGGCGCCACUGUAUUGGAUCCGACGUCCAUAGAUCAUAUGUUACAACUACGUGACCUGCAUUGGCAGUGGCGGAAACAUUUUGGUCGAAAGACAUCGCCCGGACGCUGUCCUGCUAGGAUAACACCAGCUCGACCUUCCGUCGGGACAUGUCUACUCAACGUGUAUAGGCCGUCGCCUCAGCUACGAGGGCUGAAAGAGCCGUCAAAAUGUGAACAGAGCCUUCGCGAUGUGUUGCUCAAAUACCAAAAGAGACAGCACGAUCCAGAACCACAAGAGUCCCUUAGCGCCGAACAGAGUCUUCGCAAUGUGCUGCUUAAGUACCAACCGAAAAGUCCUGGUCCCACGGGAUAUGUCUCAUUCGACGACAUCGGCAUGCGCGAGAGACCAUCUGCGUCAGGCUUCUCGCUGAAAUUUCUAACAUCUGUGUUCAGGAUUCCUCGUCCGUCGAGAGCUUUGGCUGCGCUUAGGUGGACGGCGAACUCUCCAGACCGGCCAGCUUCGGACGUUAAACCGUCUGGGCGAUCGUCGCACAGUUUCGGCGGAUCUAAGGUUAUUAGAAAGGUGAAGAGAUUCUUCGCAAGAUGGAAGGCCUUUAAUGGCAUGAGAUGGGCUACUACAGGGGAUAGAGAAAGAGAUGAAGUAAGUGCCCAUGCGAUUUGA